AUGGGAAUCGAGAAAACACGACGUUUGGCUCGAGAAACCGUGUACUGGCCAAACAUCAACCAUGACAUCGACAUUGCUACCAAGAUAGGCACUGACCUAUUUGAAAUAGGUGGAGAUGACUUUCUUCUGAUCAUCGACUAUACCUCGAAGUUCCCAGUCGUCCACAGGCUGCGAGAUACCAAGAGCGCAACGGUAGCUGGUGUGACAUCCCGCACACUUGCCAUGCUCGGAGCGCCAGCAGAAAUAAUAUCGGACAAUGGCCCACAGUUCGUUGGAGCGCCCCACCAGGACAUGUGUGCUUCGUGGGGCAUAAGUCACAUCACAUCUUCACCCCGAUACCCACAAUCCAACGGUUUCGUGGAACGUGCAGUGCGGACGGUCAAGACACUCAUAAAGAGAUGCCAAAAGUCGAAGCAGAAUGUUGAUAAAGCACUUCUGAACCUGCGAGCUACUCCCAUUGACUCCAAACUGCCGUCUCCUGCCGAGAUUCUGUUUGGCAGGCCACCUUGCACAAGCUUGCCAAGCCGCCGCCCAUACACUGAAGCACGACACCAGGAAAUGAAGGAUGCCCAUGACAAGAGGCGUGACCGAAUGAAAGCAGAUUACGACAGGAGAUACUCAGCCAAUGAGCUCCCACCUCUCCAUGUUGGGCAGAAGGUCCGGAUUCUUGAUCAGGAUUCUCGGGCUUGGCUGCCAGGCGAGGUGACAACCGUGUGUAGAGAGCCGAGGUCGUAUAAAGUCGCCACCCCAAACGGUAGCAUAUUGAGACGUACUCGAUCCCACCUCAGAGAGAUGACAGAUACACGACGCUCUAUCACUCCCAAGCGUGUCAGAUUUGCAGACACUGAGAAAACCAAAGACCUCAGUAAGCAGCACAAACUUUCAGCAGAGAGCUAG